AUGGCAGAUCCUGCAUUCAUAUGCAGUAUAGUCAAUCUCAUCCUAACUUUCCCAUCCGUACUGGCGGCCAGCGCCAACUUGAAACAACCGAAGCCUAAAAGCCCCUCUACCUAUUUGGUAAACGCUUCCAUCCAGCUAUUACUGGCCACUGUAAUUGUCGUCCUCGUCGCGCUGCCACUGCCGCAAGCCGUCAUCGGUAUCCGAGCAUCCAUUUUUAUGCUUACCUUUCUGGAUGUUUUUGAAGUAUACGCCGUCCAUGACGAUCUGGAUCGCCCACGCCAAAUCCAUUUUUUCCGAUGGGUCUAUACCAUCAAGGUGAUCUGGAUCGCCCGGAUCGUGCUGAUCAGCUGGGCUCUGAGCGCUAUCAGCCUGUUUAUAUCAUCUUGCCUCCUCAACGACGUCGGCGCUGGUCCGUUGAUGUUUGCCCUCUCAAUAGCAGUCUCCUGCUUGAGCAGAGCUUCUUGGGCAGUGGCAUUAUUGAUCGAAGUCAGGAAAGCAAACAAUGCGUUCCGGCGCCCAUUCAGUGGCCUACUUCGAGGCACAGUGCCGGCCGGUGUUAUGCUUUGUUUCGAGCUAUCCCGAUCGCUUGUUAAUCUAGUCGCGGCACUCAUCGUCUUCGGGCUGGUCCAACACUCGCCAAGUACGCACAAUAUGAUACUAUGCUACGCGGAUUGCCCAAAAUUCUUCGACGUUGGCCGAUUGGAAAGCGACGCCUUGGGCACGCGGACUCAUCACGAACACUCAGAUCGUCCUCCAGUCGCCAACCGAUUGUCGGGGAAGACCAACAAGAUCCUGACAGCACUCCGAUGCCACAAUCUGGGUGGUGUUGAAUUGGAGGUCUUCCUUUUGGCCUGGAGCACCAUCAACCAUGAUAUUCCUAUGGUCACUAUCUCAUCGAUCGCUGCCCCUGUCGCUGCAACACUGUUACAUGGCUCUACCUUCGGGGGCGCUGACCAAAGUCGGGAAAGGGCGUUGUUGACCGCCAGGCCGUCCAGCCGGACCGUUGGGUCGUCCAGCCGGACCGCUGGGUCGUCCAGCCGGACCGUUGGAUCGUCCAGCCGGACCCCUGGGUCGUCCAGCCAGACCGUUGGAUCGUCCAGCCAGGCCGCUGUAUCGUCCAGCCAAGCCGCUGUGUCGUCCAACCAGACCGUUGGGUCGUUCAGCCUGACCGAAGAGAAGAUGCGGAAAUGUCAAGAUAUCCUGUUUAGGCUACUUCCCGGUCUGGUCGAGAGCGAUAUCGAUUCAAUGAGACUUCUUUCGCGAGAGGGACUUAUCGAAGUGGUCAAUCUCAAUCUCGAUCUUUACCCCCUUACAAAGGUCCCGGAGGUCAUCGUGAUAGAAGACUCACCAUCUACCACCGAAAGAGGAGAUUCACCAAUCCCACCAGUCUACGACAAAAAUACACCUAUGCCUUCCUACGAGGAGCAGGAAGAACCUAGCCUAAUGCUAUAUCAACAGAGCCCCGAAUAUAUACUUACACCUCCUAGCGAGGAGGAGGACGAACUCCAGCCAACUCCCGAGCAAAAGCGUCACAAAGGCAAGCAACGCUUCAGAAGUCCAUCAUCAACUGUCCAGCCAUUGUACAUCGAUGCCACAACUGUCCAGCCAUUGGAUAGCGAUGAUUCAUUGCUUAACUCUCCUUUUAGACCUUUUGAGAACGACAACCUUCCGGUGAUGGCAUACCUACGUCAGCAUGCCCCAUAUCAGCAAGACCAAUAUCAUUAUGAUGCAGAUGAUCCUCAAAGUCCAUAUACGCACAAUCCAUAUCCGCCAUAUGCAUAUGAUCCUCCCGGUCCAUAUCAGACCUUGCCAUAUCACCUAUUACCAGGUGUAUAUCCAUCCAGCAUGCCCAGCAUACCCAGCUUGCCCAGCAUGCCCAGCUUGCCCAGCUUACCCAGCUUGCCCGGCCUGCCCAGCUUGCCCGGCUUGACCGGCUUGCCCGGCUUGCCCGGCUUGCCCAGAAACGACUACCGCCCUCGUUCCCCCGACCUCUCGAGCUUGCCCGGCUUGCCCGGCUUGCCCGGCUUGCCCACCAUGCCCACCAUGCCCAGCAACGACUACCGCCCUCGUUCCCCCGACCUCUCGAUGUUCCCUAACUUCCACUCUAACCAUGAUGAACUGUUUGAUCGCUUUUGUUACCACCCCGGACCUCAGGAUCGAGAAACAGCACAGGCAAGAAGGUCUCCCUUGUUAUCCUACCGGCCACUGCAGCUGGACUGGGCUAGUUCAAUGCCCAGCCAAAAGGAGGUGGCUCCUGACCGGGCGGAUCAUGUCCUGGCCCCAUAA